AUGAGUAACGAUGAUCUUUGGGCGAACCUUCACUCUGAUUUGUUGAAUCAAAUUGUUAAGUACAUACCUUCUUGCGAGGAUUACGCUCGACUUCGUCUUGUUUGUAAACCGUGGACUCUGACGCUUGCAAAGACUCCGGAGCACAAAUAUCCAUUGUUAGUGACUUUACCUCCAGUUGAAGAUUUUAUUGAAACUCAUGGUCUAAGAGAAAAAGAGAUUAAUCAAAUGAGAUUGCCGCUGCAGAACCACUUGUUUCGAGGGUCAUGUUGUGGAUUCCUAGUCAUCCUUGGGGUAUCUGAUGGAUCAUUGCAUUUAUUGAAUCCAUUUACAAAGGUUAGCUUUGAUCUUCCCCCAAUCUCAACUUUCCCAGAUAUAGUUGAUUAUUUGCCUGAAAAUAUUGGGAAUGAAUAUAUUAUGCGGGAUAUGGUGGAUGGCUCAACUGGAACUAUAGGGCGAAAUCAUAUGAAUAAAACAGCGGUCUAUAAGAUAAUUAUUUCUUCCCCUCCCGAUUGUGACACACAUGAUUUCAUGGCUGUAAUUAUAUACAGUCAUUAUUGUAGAUUGGGUUUCUAUAGAACUGGUGAUGGUGGUUGGACAGAUAUACCAACAACGAGAGAAUAUAGGUGUGAAUUUUAUGAUGUUAUUUUUUACGAAGGAAAGAUAUAUGCAUUGGAUUGGAACGGUCAACUCUAUGAAUUUGAUAUGCAUACGAAACCUAUACCCCUGGGAGGAGUCACUAAAGCCAAACCUCCAUGCGGAGUUCAACGAUCUUACGGCCCUGAUGAUUGGAAUUUGAAGUAUCUUACUGCACAUGGUAAUGGCAGGUUGUUAAUGGUGGUGAGGCAUUAUGUCUUUACAGAUGAAUAUCCUGGUUCAUAUCAGACUAAUAAUUUCAAUAUAUAUAUGUUGACCAAAAAUGAACUUGUGUGGUCCAGAUUGUAUAAUCUAGGGAACUAUACCUUGGUGUUUGGAUUAAAUUCAUCUGUUUCUAUGAUGCCUCACGCUUCUUCUUACACCAAACCAAAUCAUAUUUAG